CUGGUAGUUCUUCAAUGGUAUUCCUGCAGAAUAUGGAUGCCCUUACUAUUUUAAUAUUUUUUGUAGGAAUCUGAUGCUGUGGCUGAAUUAAGUGCACUUUUCCAGACAAAAGUAUAGACACUAUCCGAGCAAUCUUGGCAGACAGUGGAGGAGAUAAAAGUGUGGCUGCAUCAAGGCUUAUCCAGUGGUCUGCUGGGACAUGUAAGCUACCUAUACAAGUUUAUUACUUAAAUGUGAAUAAUGGUAGAUCUCUGAACUUUACCUGUCUGUGAUGUUAUUACAACAAAGCAGAGGUCCUUGGUAUUGUGUAGUGGUAAGGUUGCGUGCAUUUUUUUUUGCUCCAACAUAAUUAUUUUUCUGAUUACCAUGGAACCCUUCAUUGGAGACAGUUAUACUUAUCUGUUCUUUCAUUUGGUUUUGAAAUUGUUAUUUCAUUUCAUUUGAAAUAAGAGCCCUUCAUUCGAUUUAGAGGUGCAUACUUAUAACAUGACCUAAGCUUUACAGAGUCUCAUAACAGAUAAUUUACUGAACUCCCUUUUUUGCAAUUUCUUCUGCAAGGUGCCCUAAUGAACAGUGGGGACUCAGGUAAUGAAUACUGUACAGAAGAAGACAGUGACCUCAUGCAAUCACCAUUUGAAGCACAUGUAUCCUCAAGUACUGUCAGUACCUGUACUGACCCUGUUGCACAGUACAAACAAGAAACUCUGGAUGAAAAUGGCCCACCACUGAGAAUCUAUGUAAAUCGGAUGACGGAGGAGUUCACUGCAGAUGUUUUAUCCAUUUAUAAGAAAGCCAACCCAUGUUUUCGCUCAAACCUUCGAGUGCAAUUUGAAAAUGAAAGAGCAGUUGGCGAGGGACCUGUCAGAGAGUUCUUUAGCAUAUUAAUGGGAUUUGUUCAAAAUGGUCUUUACGUGGAUGAUCCUGGGCGGCUGACUAUGUUAUUUGAGGGCCAGACUGACCACAAAAUUCCAGUCCCAAAUGCGUUACUGUGUAAUUCUGGACUGUACACUAGUGUUGGACGGAUGAUUGCACAUUCUUUCUUGCAUGGAGGACCACCACUUUAUGGACUUUCCCCAGCAGUGCUUGAAUUUUGGACUCGUGAAAGCAUCAGUGAAGCUGUUACCAUGGAGGACAUCCCAGAUUAUGACCUUCGACAAGCCUUGAAGCAGGUACUCGCAUUGAUGAUCUUGUUUUGUACAGACAUUACUUACGUAUUUCUGUGUAAUGUUUCAGCAACAUGUUAGUGUUACUAACAAUAUUUAUUCUGGUUAAUUUUUGUUUGAUAUGGCACUUGUACUGUCCUGUUUAUAUUUGAAAAAAGGCACAAGUGUGUUCCAAAUAGGUGUAUACAUCUAUAAUGACACUAUAAGUUUAUAAUUUGUCGUAAGAAGCAUUUCAUUGUUCAGUCACAACACCAUAGCAAUUUAACGGUUUUGCAGUUAUCAAGUCUUGACAAGGAUGAAGAACCCUCAGAUGCACUUAAAGAAUUCCUCUUGCCUUAUCGUGAUGAAGCGUCAGUACUUCAAGUGCCGCUAAGGGGAGAGAAACGGCACUUGGUUCUCCAGCAGAUAAUGCUGCACAAUGUGAUCGAAAAGCGCCACCGUGAACUGAAAGAUCUUGCUGCAGGAAUGAAUGAGCUUUCCCUUGUCAAUUACCUAAAGGCACACAAGGAAAUGGCCGCAGCCGUGUUUCCCAGGGAAUGCGAGUCAGUAAUUGACAAAGAAGAACUCAAGGGUAGGAUUUCCAUCGAGGAUGAAAACAACCCCCAAGGGCAAGUUAUCAUGGGAUUCUUGCAUCGCUUCAUCGAUGAAGUUAGCAGAGAAGCAGAAGGUAAGUGA